CGGGCUCCGCCCGCCCAGCCCUGCAGCACCCGUCCGUCCGGCAACUCAGCCCAACUGGGGCACCGGCCACUUCCAAUCUCUCAGAUCCGUGGCCUGAGCGCUGCCGCCACCGGUAAAUGGAGGCACAGGACUGCGAACAAGAGACCACCGCUCGGCGAAAUGGCGGUGCCAGGAGCCUGGGAAGGAAUGCAGCCAGCGACGUUGUCAGGUACAACAUUCGUUUUGGCGCAACCAACGGUGCUGUCACCAAGGAACCGUCGACUCUGAGAAAAAAAGAGAAGUUCGGCCACCGAGAAACUCCGUUCAACAAGUGCUGUGAAGGCAAAACCGCUGGCACCGCGCUGCUGGCGAAAGAGUCAAUGGAAACUCUGGGUGCUGCGACCGCUACCCCGGCACUAGAGGGCCUCGGCUGGAGAAAGCCCGGCACGGAGACAAGGAAACUGUGCACAGCACAGCUAGCAGUUGACAGAAACAGAAAAGUGUCUGCUCUGGUCUCUGUGACAAAGCGCAGAUCAAAACGGGCAACUCCGUGGAGGGAACCCCGCAGCCACUGAAGAAGUUCCCCGCGUGACUGUGGGGCCAGAGUAACACCGCGAUUUCGACGACAGCCUUGGGGAUACGACAGAGAAACAUUGGGGGCCACAGAAGUACCAUCCAGCUGCGCGCAACCAGUGGUUCUGCGAUUCAGAAACCACUGUCAGCUGGACUCGACUAGAAACUUCUGAAAAACUGUCGUCUCAUAACAGCUUUCCUACCCAUGACAGAGAGUCGCCUUUGGAGGGCACCUAACGGUGCUGAGACCGGCCUGGGCCAGCACAAAGCGCAGGGCGGUGCCCGUGCCAAGAAACGCCAGACUUGGUGAAACCAACCUUGCGACCACCGAGUCCACUGGCUUCGCAGGACGCAAUGGGCAAAGGCGCAGCGGAGAAACCGCGGGCUCGGUUCACCGAUUAUGCUGCUGGCGGGUGAUGGUGGGGUGGGGCACCCGCAAAGUUGUGAAACCAGCGGCGCAGGGACCCUGCGAUUA